AGUGAUUCGACAGUAUGUGUUCAGUUGAUGUUAUAUGUGAUAAAAGUUCACCAGAAUUACGUCCUAAUUAAGAAAGAUCAAAUGUACGUUACCAAUGGAGAUGAUUGGAAACUCAUGUAAGACGACAUUUCAUGUUUUCUUAGUAAUAAUGUGUUACGUUCGUAUAGUCCAGCUGAUGGAUGAUCAGAUGGUUGUAAAUAUAGGUGCCAUAUUUGAUGAGAAUUCUCCGGAAUUGGAAAGAGCAUUUUCCUAUGGUAUGGAAACUGCCAAUGCGACAAAAUACAAAUUUAAAAUUUAUGCAUUCCGAAAAGUCACGGAUAUUCGGGACAUAUUUCAGCUGAGUUAUACAAUUUGUGAGCAUCUAGAGAAGAUGGUUUUUGCCUUAGUUUGUAUGAGUAAUAUUCACUCCUAUGAAGUCAUACAAGCCUACAGUCAAGCCUUAGAAGUGCCUGUUAUUGUGCCUUCCUCGCCUAAAUCCUAUAACACGGAUCGAUUUAACUACGAAAUUAAGAUGAACCCUUCCAUCGUUCCUGCAAUGGCCGAAUACAUUCGUAAUGGAGGUUGGACAAAAGUUUUCUACCUCUUCAACUCGGAUGAUGACUAUAAUAUGUGGCGAUUACAGCAGUUAUACGAGUUAUUUAAUCAACAUGGAAAAAAUAUAACUAUAAUGGCGAGACAGAUAGACGAUCCCGGGACUGCACACGACAUACUACACCGAAUAGACAAACUGGGUGUGCCAUGUAGGGAAAAGAUAUUUGUCCUGGAUUUCGAUCGAAAACGACUACCUGCAUUCCUAAAAAAAUUAACAGAAGUUGGAAUGAAUAGAGACGGCUACAACUAUAUAAUUACGGGUUUGGAUACAAAAGACAUUGACUUGAGACUAUUUUACCACAGUGGAGCAACCUUUACGGGAUUUCAGCUUUUAAACACCGAGAACGAGUAUUUACAACGCUUUCUAGGCAAAUGGAAUAUCCCUAGUCGUCAUGAAAACAUGUCAAUUCCAGAUUUCACAACGGAUUUGGCAUUGAUGGUUGAUGGUAUCGCCAGUUUAGCCACAGCUCUGAAUGUUAUCCUGGUGAGAGAACAGAAUGCAGGGCGCUUGAAAGUUUUCCAAAGACGACGACACGAGUUUUUCAAUACAAACGAAUCACAAGGAAUAUUGUGUUCUCCAAAGGUUUUAUUUGCUAAUGGACAUGAAGUCCUCAAAGCUUUGAAAAACAUUGAAUUUUCGGGAAUUACUGGACAUGUUCAGUUUAACGAAGAUGGAGAGAGAGUGAAUUACACGUUACAAGUAUACCAAAGCAGCUACAAACAGAGCCCCAAAAAGAUUGGUCACUGGUCAUCAGAAGAAGGUUUACAUUUGACAACGAAACCCCCACCUAAACCUAUCAGCGAAUCUCGAGUGAAAAUCAUAAGUACAGUUUUGGCACAGCCAUUUGUGCAGUUGAAGGAGAAGAACGAUAACGGAAAACCUCUUCAGGAGUAUGAAGGUUUUUGUGUUGAUUUGCUGAAAGAAAUAACUGCCACACAGUUCGUUAAUUUUACAUACAAGUUCGUAGUGCAGAAGGAUGACGAAUACGGGGUCAAGAUUAACGGCAGCUGGACAGGAAUGAUAGGCGAGAUCGUAAGACGUCAUGCUGACCUGGCCGUCGCCCCACUCACAAUUACAAAGGAAAGAGAGGCGGAUGUUGAUUUUACAAAGCCGUUUAUGAAAACAGGAAUUUCUAUAAUGAUAAAGCGCCCUGACAAACAGAAACCUGGGGUGUUUUCAUUUAAGGAGCCAUUGUCUAACAUGGUGUGGCUGUGUAUUACCGUCGGGUUCUUAGCGGUCAGUACCAUAUUGUUUCUCGUUGGUCGCUUUAGUCCAUACGAAUGGAAGGAAAACUCGACGACAGGGCCUUCAGAUGAUUUCAAUAUGCUCAAUUCCCUGUGGUCCAAUCUUGGAGCCCUGAUGAUGCAAGGGUCGGACAUAUUUCCAAGGUCUUUGUCUGGCCGAACGGCUGAGAGUGCCUGGUGGUUCUUCACAUUAAUUUUGAUAUCAUCAUACACUGCUAACCUAGCAGCAUUCCUAACAGUGGAACAAUUCUCCAUCCCAAUUAACUCUGUUGACGACCUUGCUGCCCAGACAAGCAUCAAAUAUGGCGUCCUUGGCGGUGGUUCGACUAUAACAUUUUUCAAGGAAUCUAAAGUUAUAGUUUAUGAGAAAAUGUGGAGAUUCAUGAAGUUUCAAAACCAAUCAAGCGGACAUAUAUUUAUGGAAUCAAACAAGGGCGGAUGGGAAAAGGUUAAAUCCUCAAAAGGAAAAUAUGCAUUUUUGUUAGAAGAAUCUUUCAAUGAAUACUUCAACAACCGAGAUCCUUGCAGCACAAUGAAAGUUGGUACUACUCUCAACAGUUUUGGAUAUGGCAUUGCAUUACCUCUUCAUAGUAAAAUAAGUAAAGGUGUCAAUCUAGCAGUUUUACAUCUACGAGAGAUUGGUCAUAUAAUUCGUCUACGUCAGAAGUGGUGGGUGGACCGUGGUCAGUGUGGAGGCGUCACGGGUAGUAAAGGAAAGAAGUCGUUAUCUCUGAGUAAUGUAUCGGGGAUUUUCCACAUCCUUAUAGGAGGACUUGUGCUCGCCAUGCUUGUGUCCAUAGUCGAAUAUGCAAUGCAUGUAAAUUGUAAACGACGAAAAAAGUACAAGAUACAGAAAAAGAAAGAGAAAGCAUUGAAAAAAGAGGCUGUCCCUAAUAAAGGAGAACUCCAACCAUUGAGGACCAAUGGAAGCGAUGGGGCCCUGGAUAUUAAAGGUUUAUGUUACACACAAGAGUAUCAAACCUCGCCGGCAAACCUAAUCACGUUUGAAGGAAUUACGGAGAAUGGACAGACACAAUUAUGAUACCCCUUUAUCAUACAUCGAUCUGGAUAGUUUACCGAGACCUCCCACGGGACUGUUGCCUCAACUUACAGUGUUUCUCAUAUUUGUAGUGUUACGACAAGACACACAGAUAGAUACAUAUAUUGCAAGAGUUAUUUGAGCCAAUGUCCUUGAUUUCUUUCCAAUCAUUAUGUUAUUCUAGUGCGAGGAAUUUUGUGCAAAACGGAAUGUGCUUAUUUAUUUCAAUAUAAAAACUUGUAUUAGCGAUCUUUAAAUACAAAAUACAAAUUACAAAACGUUGUUCACAGGCUCGGGUUGGGCAAUGUGACGUGUGUACAACUGUUUUUUAGACUAUUGUAAACAUAAUUAUUUAAUGUGUAAAGGAAAUUUAGAGUGUAUAUCUGUUUCAUAAAAACAAUGUCCCUAUCUCUGUUCACAUAUUUGCACAGGUAGUAUAACACUUAUCAAGCAAGCUUAGUAUUUUACAUGAUGUUACGUGGUUGCAAGUAUUAAAAGAGCUUGCCCUUCUCAAUGAAUAUAUAACUGUUGUCCCGUUUGCAAAUAGACAUUUUCGAACAAAUUGUUAUAUCAGAACAAUCCAUGUGAAAAAACAUAUUUUCGAUUUAAUGAUUAAUGGUACUGAUUUAUUUAUGAUUUUACAUGACAACUGUGUGUUUGAUUACCUUUGAUUCGAGUAUUUGUAAUUAAAUUUUACACACAGCUGAAAUGUUUGAUAUUCGCUACAAUUUGCAUUGCAAUACACAAGAAGGAUAUAUUUCUAAAUGAUUUACAAAAAUGUAAAGCUAAGAGUCGUUUUUUUUGUAUCCCAACAAGAAUAAAGAGAAAAGAGUUUUUGACACAUUGCAAAUAUGACAAACACUGUUCAUUUAUAAGCUGGUUCUUGUGAUGUCGUGGACUAAUGCGAUAUCGUCUAGACGGCAGGCAUCAUCCAGAAAACUACAUAAUCAUCCUUUACCCUACAAAAGAUGGCUGUGAUUAAUAUAUAUAUAUAACUGAUGCACGUUCACAUCUGUAAUAUACAUUGUCUCCGAAAACUCAUACAUAUUUCAUGAACAUUGUAUAUAUUUCAUAACGUGACACGUGUAUUAACUUUGAGUGCCUUUUGCACUCUACUCUUUACUUGUUGGGUUAAAUAAUAUAUAAGAACGGUUUUAAUCAAGUCAUUAUCAGUAUGUUUUGCCAGAAAUAAUGCUUUUUAGUUUGAUGUACAAUGGUCAAUGAACCAGCGAUAUUUCUAAAAUACUUAACAAAAACAUGAAUAUUUCAUUAAACAUCUGUCCUGCAGCUGAAAUAUUGAUAUAUGGUAAUCAUUCGUUUUGUCUGCGGCAAAAUAUUUCAUAAGAUUAUAAUCAUGUGUAAAUUAUAUGUAUGUUGAAACAAUCUAUGUUGUAAUUUGUUGUGUGAAUUUAAUCCAUUUAGACACUGAGAGGUAUAAGCAGUUUCAAAUUAAUUGUUAUCAAUCAGCACCUAAAGAUAUAUUUUACAAUCACAAAUUCUUUAUUUUACAAUUACUUAAAUAUUAAGUAAAUCUUAUGUAUAAAGCUAUAUAAAAUGUUGCGUAACGCUUGAACUUAAUGUACACGAUAUGCAUCAUGGGAAAGGUUGACAUGAUGAAAAUUAUGACGGAUAUAUUUCAAUUCUAAAUAUCACAAUUUACAAUGUUCUGCGUGAACUCUAUCGUUUUCUUGUAAAGAUCUUUUCAUCUAUAUGUCAAUGA